ACCAACUACAAUCUGAGAGAUGUCUGGAAAUACGACUUGCGAGGACAUCAAUGUGAAUUUUACGCACAACUUUCUGCCGCCUGUGUACAUCACUGUGUUCGUCGUCGGGACGCUGUCCAACAUCUGGGGGCUAAGAAGCGUGUGCACCAGCUGGAACAACAUUGGAAACAUCAACAUCUUCAUGCUCAACCUCGGGGUGGCGGACCUGCUGUAUCUGUCCACUCUGCCGUUCCUUGUGGACUAUUACGCGCACGACAGCAAAUGGAAGUUCGGCCAGCCUUUCUGCAAGGUGACCCGCUUCUGCUUCAACCUCAACCUUUACGGCAGUAUCGGCUUUCUCACCUGCAUAAGCAUCUACAGGUAUUUGGGCAUCGUGCACCCCAUGAGAGUGAUGGGGAAAAUCACCAGCCAGCACUCGCUGGCUAUAAGCGCCCUGGUCUGGCUUUUCGUCAUUGUUCAGAUCCUCCCUGAUAUGUUCUACGACAAAAAUGAUCUAAUCGCACCACACUCGUGUUUCGACACCACCUCGAACGAGCUGACCAAGGCCUACCUGCCCUACAGCCUAGCUUGGACC